UCAGCUCUCCAAGCAGUAUUCCAGCAGGGAUCUUCCGUCUCAUACGAAAAUCAAAUACAGGCAAACCACUCAGGAUGCCCCUGAAGAGGUGCGCAACCGUGAUUUCAGGAGAGAACUGGAGGAGAAGGAGAGAGUGGCCGUCAGAGAGAAGAACCGAGACAGGCCAGCACGAGAACACACAACUUCCUCUUCAGUCUCAAAGAAACCUCGACUCGAUCAAAUCCCCGCCGCUAACCUUGAUGCAGAUGAUCCUUUGACUGACGAGGAGGAGGAGGAUGAAGAUUAUGAGGAAGAAAGUGACGACGAUACAGCGGCUCUGCUAGCUGAGCUAGAGAAGAUAAAAAAGGAACGAGCCGAAGAGCAAGCCCGGAAGGAACAAGAACAGAAAGCUGAAGAGGAGAGGAUACGGAUGGAAAAUAUCCUAAGCGGUAACCCUUUGCUGAACCUGACAGGACCACUACAACCUCAAAUAAAUUUUAAAGUGAAGCGAAGAUGGGAUGAUGAUGUUGUCUUCAAGAAUUGCGCUAAAGGUGUGGACGAGAUGAAAAAAGACAAACGAUUUGUCAAUGACACACUGCGGUCUGAAUUUCACAAAAAGUUUAUGGAAAAAUACAUCAAGUAGGAUCUCGUUUUUGAAUAAGUUGCGUUGCCGAUAGGUUGUGUGGCACAAGUCAUCUGCCUUCCAUCAGAAAAAUGGAUGGAAAUCUGUCAACUGUGUGCAGGUAUUCCCCCAUGAUCAUAGGUAUCUUUUUAACUUAAUUCCUCGUCUGGCAUAUUUUUGCAUGUUUUAUUGUUGUAAACUUACCCCCUACCGUUCCUUCCCCCCUUUUCUUGAAGAUGUCAAUUUCCUUACUGCUAUGAAAUUUAUGUUCACUGGAAAAUCAUUUUGUAAAUGUUUUGAAAACGGCUUUCAAUAAACCCUUCACUCACUCAUAA